UAGCGUGUAUAACGACCCCCUUUUAGGCCAAAAAAGGACCAUAGUCGAUUAAGGGGGUCAUUAUACACGGGUAGUAACUUUUCCGUUUCAGCUUAAUCGAUUAACGGUCGUUUUAAAAUUGAUCAAUUCGAAACUUUAUUCUGAUAACUGAAUAAUUUGUUUUUGUUUUGACAAAAUUUGUCACUCAUCAUCAAAAUCGCGAAAUCGCGCACAAAACGAUUCCAAUAAAAAAAAAUGCAGAGAAGCAUUUUGGACCACUGCGCAACACCAGUAUGAAAACACCAUUGAGGACGAAAUGGAAGAUUACUAUGAAUUGUAAUGUUCAAAAUUAAUUGUAACAAUAAAAUUGUUCCAAUUAUUAAAUAAAAAGAAAAAAAAGGUUUUUCCAAAAUCUUGGAUAACUCAUCUGGAGGGGUCGAUAUACACGCUAAAAUACGGUAAUAAUAUAUGGUUUACAACCAACAAAUAAAAAACAAGAAAAAAACACCAAGGCCAAACCGUUGCCCCGUGGCAGGGACUGGAAACAUACAUUAAGUAGACAAGUAAGGGGUAAGUAUGGCUGUAAGCUUUCCGUUAUUGAUAAAACGUUAAAACAUAAUCCAACGCAUUAUCCUUAUCGCAGUGCGACAAGGCAAAUACUUUUGCUUAAACAAGACCAAAAACUCAUGGCAUUCAAAGGAGGAAUCAAACUCUAAUUGAUAUGUAUCUGAUAUGUAGUCAUUUGGUUAGCUUUUCUAUCUGGAUCGCAAAACACUAAUUCUUACGUACACAGGACUGUUGGUUUUACUGAUAUUGCGACUUUUUGUUGUUGUUGAGAAAAUCAUCUUCCUUCCAUACCUGUAAACAGCACUAAUGCAUUAAACCAACUAUCAUUGCGUUUUUUUUCUCAGCCAUUUCGCUAGAAUGGUUAAAUACCUCCCAGGCUGAGUACUCACUCGUUGGUUUACAAGAUAAAGAAAUGAUAUCUUCCAAUAUCAGACCUACUGCAGGCGAUAACAAAAGACGGCCGAAAAAAGCGACUUUAGCCAGACCGGACCAGCUGUGGCUUUCAGUUCUUUCCCAAGCGUGCAUCGUUGUAGGUCCAUACUGGGUCCUGAAUACUAAUCUUCUCAGAGGUCAGUGCAGCACAGGCUUUGGAGCAACCUGUUUCAGUAACAUUCGUAAAGCAUAUAAAAUCUUGAGCUAUAGCUGCAGAUGCAGAUGGUCCAUCAGAAAAGAAUGCGUUAUGUAAAGACAAAAAAGACCUGUUUUUCUGUCAAACGCUUCAUGGUGAAGCUUAUUGUCCAGCUGUCGACAUUCGAUGCGGCGAAAUAUAAAGUUUGCGAAUGCUUAGAAAGAUAAGAAAAUGCGAAACACCAUCGUUGGUGAUAUCAAUAUUGUGUCAUUUUUGACCGAUGUGUGGACGCGUGUGUCAUAGAGCUUGAUGUAUUGGUUGCCGGAAAUUGUUGAUGCAGAAAUAAUUGAUCACCAAUACCGCCAUGAUUAAAGUGUUGGAAAAUUAGUUUAAACUGAUAAAUUUUGAAGAAACCAAAAACCCACAUUGUAACUGUUGAAAUGAAUCUUCUAGUGUUUGUGGUAAUGGUGAUUUGUCUUGGCGGUAGUAGCAUAAACGGUGCCCCAACACCAUGUGAACUGCAGCAAGUGGAAGAAACUGUUUGCGAACAAACCGAAUAUGAAGCAUAUAGGGAUUGCAUUGAAGAGGUAAAAGCGUCUCGGGAGAAAAGGCAAACCUUGCCUUGCCUACCGAUGAUAGUCGAACCAGUAAUACAAACAGUAAAGCCGUUUCAAAUACUAGUGCCUGUCGAACCAUUGGCAACCAUCCGGACACCCAUGCUGAAGAACCUGGAUCGCACUGUCAUCGUUCGUCCCGAUACGAAUGACAUCGACGAUGAAACGGAAGACUACGAAAACAGUGUGCACUAUCGUGUGCCCGUCAAUGUCACGACAGUCAUUCGCCUCACCAACAUAGUGAAUAACACUAAUCACAUACACAUGCCGACCACGCUUAACAACACCAACGUGAACAACAUUCAUGUAUAUACGAAUCUUACCGAUGUGGCACCGGACGAGGACACUGAUUCCGAAACGGAGCCAUGCUGUACGGCUGUACGGCCCAAAAGCUGCCAUACGUCAACGCAAGGUGUUCGAUGCAAGCAUCACAAAUUCCGAACCUGUGGUCCUCAAUGCACCUCCAAGGUUGUUCACAUUCAGAAGCGGAAACGAUGCAACCGCAAUACAGGUGACUGUAAGGAGAGGAUCGCCUACGUACCCCAGCCGGAUAAACCUACCUGUGUGUACGUUGACGAGUGGCCAUACGUAGUAUGCGGAAAGGUGGCCAACAUGAGUGUUGUAUGUGCAGGAUGCUACGACCACUAUGGGUAUGGUUACGAAGCAUUUAACGGGCAUUCGAGAAUGCAGGACCAGUGCCGUGGGUGUUAUGAUGACGCGUUCGACGUUGGUCCAAAGUAUAGGCGUGGACCAGUCCUGCGUCCUUUCUAUUAUCAUCAGGCACCCUGUUUCGUUACCGGCAACUGUGCGGACAGCUACGAAAAUUGUGCAUACGGUUGCUACGGACAUGAUCGGAUCGAUCCAGCUUGGGGAAAUGUGGGCAGCCAAUCGUUUGAACCGGCGCUCGAUCCAUCCAACAUGAUGUAUUACGAUUUGGACGAUUUACACACCACGGACGAGUUUUCUGAUGAUUGGGGCAUACCGACGGCCAAAUGUGCCGUAGUGACGGACGGUACGACUAUAACGGUGAAGAAUUGUACACAAGAAAUUGAUAAUCCUUACAUGGCGGCUCCAGCUUCCCAUCCGCAUUAUGAAUUAAAAUGGAAGGAGAAGAACACUACUACCACUGCUGCAAGUUUGACGACCGAAGAGGAAAUGGAUGAUUAUGGCUCAGGAGGUGGUAAUGCGAAUAAUGAAGUAUAUUUCGUAGACGAACAUGAUGAUGAAGAAUAGUCAUAAAGCCAUACAUUGCUUGACCAAUAGUCUAAAAGCCAAACUUAGUUGAUCGUAUUUAAAUAGUUCCAGACAGGUAAUGCAAUGCAUCCAAAACCGUACAUUAAUAAAGGUAGUAAAGAGUAGCUUUAAAAUCGACGAGGACGAUU